AUGUCCACUAUUAACAAUACGAGGUUAUCAGUACUCCGAUAUCUCACUGCUUUCUUUAUCCCAGACGCAAGUCUACAUUCUCGUCAAAAAUGGAUUCUAGGUCUUAUCAAUUUAUCAGCAGUUGUUGUUCUAUGGGUAUCAUCGAGUUUCCUUGUCAAUGCCAUUGUUGAAGAUGACUCAUACCGCAAACCUUUUUUCAUUACUUGGAUCAACACCAGCUGCUUUAGCUUCUACAUUAUACCCUAUCUCAAGUUCAAAAAGUUGUCAUUACGUCAAUUCAUCAACAAGUUUACCAAUGAGUACAAGUAUCACCAAAUACCGAGUAAAGAUGGGGAUGGGUUAAUUAGAAGUUAUGGAUCCGAUGAGGAUUUGAACACUGUUGUUGCCACACAAGUCGAGGGACAACCGGGUAGUCUAACCUGUGUUGAAUCAAUUGGUGAAGAAGUGCACGAUAAUAAUCCAUUGGAUAUCAACAUUUAUGAUACGUUUAAAUUAUCAAUUCAAUUUAUUAUUCUUUGGUACUCGGCCAACUUAGUGACAAACGCCUCGUUGUCGUAUACAUCCGUUGCUUCGCAAACCAUAUUAUCAUCAACAUCGUCGUUUUUCACAUUGAUCAUUGGUUACCUUGUAUCAGUCGAAAGCAUCAACCAAAACAAAAUUAUGGGCAUAUUGCUAAGCUUCUCGGGGGUCUUAAUUGUCACUAAAGCAGACACAUCGGACAAUAGUCCCAAUAGAGACCCUGAGAAUGGACCUUCAACAAUGUUGAUCUUAUGGGGCAACCUAUUGGCAUUAUCAGGAGCUUUAAUCUAUGGAAUUUAUACCAUCUUGUUGAAAUUCAAAACAUCGAUACCAAAUUCACGAAAGGAACGUAACUUGAAUACUCAUUUAUUCUUUGGAUUUGUUGGAUUGAUUUGUUUUCUCGGUUUAUGGCCAAUACUUGUCAUUCUACAUUUCACCAAAGUGGAAGUUUGGUCAUUGCCUUCGUCAAAGGAUGUAUGGACUUGUCUUGUAUUGAAUGCUGUAAUCACGUUUAUAAGUGAUUUUUGUUGGUGUAAUGCUGUAUUAUUAACUAGUCCAUUGACAGUCACUGUUGGACUAUCUAUGGCUAUCCCAUUAGCCAUGGUUGGUGAUUGGGUCUUGAAAGAAUUCCAAUUGAAUUUGUUGUAUGUGUUUGGCGCAACAAUUGUGACUGCUGGGUUCUUGAUUAUAAAUAAAGAUGAAGAAGAGGAAUUUGUCAUUGAUGAGUAA